ACAAUUCCAAACCUUCACGAUAAUUAGUAUAUUGUUUUUACAUACUAACGGACAUAAAAAUAUUUGGAAUAAUAACGAAUAACUUCAUCGAAAUUUUAAAUCAUGAAGUUAUCUAUUGUAUUAUUGUUUGUUUGUGCAGCGUACAUUGAAUCGUCUCAAGCAACUGCGGGCAAUAUCAGCUCUUGCCUAUGGCUUGGGCAACCAACACGCUGAUCUGAAAUCGUUUUGUUUUAUCCCUUAUCAUACAAUUUACUAUUAAUGGAUGAAAACGAUGUAUAUGUUUAUGGUCCCGAAACUCCAGUAUACUAUCCAGAAAUCAUACGUUAUUUUAUAAAAGUCGAUGUAAAAAGAAAUAUAUUCCCCGAAAAAAAAACGCAACAUUCAAAGGACAGUGGUGUACUAUUUCCAAAGGUAGCAAUUAUCACUGAUAACGUUAGUUAUAAAAAAUACGGUGAAAGUAAAUUAAUUGAACGUUCACAAAUAAUAAUCAACUGGAUAAAUAGCUUUUUCAGCUGGGCCGAUACUAGUCCGGCGGUUGAAGUAUUAUUACAAGGACUCAUUAUAAUGCCAGCGAAAGGCAUAUACGAUCCAGAACCCUCAAGUAUCUACGACAUUGGAUUCAUCCAUAAUGAUAUAUUGACACAAAAACAUAUAGUAGAAGCAUCAACCGAAAAUGGACCUUCAACGGAAUACGUAAACGCUCAAUCAGAAUUGAGAAAAGUCACAGAAUGGUUCAACGAAAACAAAAAUCGAUUUGAGAAUAUGGAUGCCAAUAUCUUAUUAUAUUUAUCUCCAUAUCAUUUAGCUGAUAGCACCAAUCCACUUUCGACUGCUAAUAUAGUAAUGGGAUUAUCAAGGGGAUAUGUUUGUUCAACAACAGCAAGUGUAAUUAUAAGUGAUUUGAUUGGAGAUAAUCAUGCAGCAAUUCCAUUAGCCGUUUCUUCCACUCUCCGUAUGUCACAUCCUCAAGACCGAGAUGACUCAAAAUACUUUUCUUCAACUUUCUUUAUUCCUGAGUCAGUAAAGGAGGAUUGGCGUAGACGGUUGAAGCAAGCAGUUCAAGUUAAUGCUGAAAAUAAUAAUUAUGAAUGUUUGAUUGAACCAGAUGAAUACUAAUAAUCUAAUCUACUGGCAUAAAUAAAUAAAUCUCAUAUUCCGUUUGUAUAGAUUAUUCUAAACUAUGUAAACUUUACAUUUUCUUUCAAUUAACAAUAAUAGAAAACAAAAUGAUAUGUAAUUAGAUCCAAUCAAAUAUAAUAUCAUAUUAAAUUGCAUAUUGUUACGUAAA